AUCAGUAGACUAACAGACGUGCUGAAGAGAGACAUCGUUGGUUAGCACACUUCUGUCUGAGUGACUAGUCCAGGAGGACAGGCCAGCACAGCGCUCCGCAGAGCCAAACAAACACGACAAAAACAUGCAGAAAGGGAAGCAAAAGAUGGACGAAAGGAGGGCAACUCGGAGAUAAAGUACUGUAUCAGUGACAGAAGACACUGUACCAAAAAACGUCCCUUUGAGGUAGUCACACUGCGCAUGCGCGCUGCAUCUCCUCCUCCUGUCGCCUUGGCAACGGUAAAGGGGGGCUCACGGCCAGAGGGAAGGAGAGGAGAGGUACCCAGGCUGAUCACAUGACCACUCCUCAUCUUAUUAUCUCCGUGUUUGUGAUAUACAUCGUUUGUUCCUGGACUCUGGGCGACAGUACAUCGCACCGUUUCCUCCUCGGGCUGAUUCGCGGGGUCUAUUGAUCGGGAAUCGACAUGUCAGACGUAGUUCCUCCAGAAGUGAGACCCAAACCGGCGGUACCUGCCAAACCCCCAAAUGUGGGGGCUCCUUCCCCGUCCAGCCCCUUCCCGCCCCAGGGCCCGGGCAUUGGAGGAGGCGGCGGUGUUUCUGCUCCCCCUCCGAGUGCCAUCCCAGUACCCAUCGGGAGUCACGUUCCAGUGCACAUUAGCAGUCACAGUGUGGGUCAUGGUGUGGGCCACGGUGUGGGCCACGGUGGGAGUCACUCUGCAGCACACAAUGGAGGUCAUGCUCAUAGCGGCUCCCUCAGCUCCGGUGGUGGAUCCACUUUGCUGGGGUACAUUGGUAUUGACACCAUCAUUGAGCAGAUGAGGAAGAAGACCAUGAAGACAGGCUUUGACUUUAAUAUCAUGGUUGUGGGUCACAGCGGCCUUGGAAAGUCAACUCUGGUGAACACCUUAUUCAAAUCCCAAGUCAGCAGGAGGAGCGCCGGGUGGGCCCGUGAUGAGAAGAUCCCUAAAACUAUCGAGAUCAAAGCAGUGUCUCAUGUCCUUGAAGAAGGUGGUGUGAAGAUGAAGCUGACAGUCGUCGACACUCCAGGCUUUGGAGACCAAAUCAAUAAUGACAACUGCUGGGAGCCCAUUUCCAAGUACAUCAACGAGCAGUAUGAAAAAUUCCUAAAGGAGGAGGUCAACAUCACCAGAAAGAAGCGCAUCCCUGAUACCAGGGUGCACUGCUGUCUGUAUUUCAUCUCCCCAACUGGACACUCUCUCCGGCAGCUAGAUGUCGAGUUCAUGAAGCGCUUGAGUCACUCGGUCAACAUUAUUCCUGUCAUUGCAAAGUCAGACACGAUGACCAUUGAGGAGAGACAGGAGUUCAAACAGCGGGUGAGGAAGGAGCUGGAGAUGGGCGGGAUUGAGUUUUACCCACAGAAAGAGUUUGAUGAAGACAUGGAGGACAAGAGCGACAAUGACAAGAUCAGAGAGGCAAUGCCCUUUGCUGUGGUGGGCAGCGACAAAGAGUAUCAAGUGAAUGGGAAACGAGUUCUGGGGAGGAAGACAGCGUGGGGAAUUGUAGAAGUUGAAAAUCCCAACCAUUGUGAGUUUGCUCUGCUGAGAGAUUUCCUGAUCAGGUCUCACCUUCAGGAUCUGAAGGAGGUCACUCACAACAUUCACUAUGAAACCUAUCGUGCCAAGAGACUGAAUGAGAAUGGAGGUCUGCACCCCAUAUCCACUAAUGACACCCAAGAAAGCAACCUGUAGUCAGUCAGGGGGUGUAGUUCUGACAAAGUAAGAACAGGAAACAGUGCAAUGAUGCUGAUGCAGAUGAAACUAUAAUCAUUGUCACCGCAGCACGGCACCACGCUGCAUGCUUGGAAAUCCCUUAAAUCUGUAAAAAAAUCAGUGUAGUUUUUUCUGACUUCAAACUUCACCCAUUGUCCUCUUCACUUACGUCCCCACACCAUCCCCAAAAACACAUAUCAGAACCCCUCUUGUUUUAUUUCAAAGUCAUUCCUAUGAAUAUUUGAAUGACAGGACAGUCCCACCCAGAGACUUAGUGCCAUUAUAAAAUUAACAUUUUAUCUACUGCCAACGCCUUCUCAUUGAUCAUCGUCCGGGUAGUACAAGCUUAGAAAGUGCCACAUUAUUAUGUGUAUAAGAGGUUUUAGUGUAGUGUAGCAACUGAUGCCUGAAUUCAGACACAUUAUAUGAUUUGCUCUACAUUUUAAAAUCAUAAUUCCUGUGUAGUAGUGAUGAGCUAGCCAGCUCUGCAGUUGACUCUGUACAAAUUGCUUUUUUAAAAUUCUCAGCAGCGACUGUUCGUUCGGAGAAAGAAUCCCUGUGGUUUAACUGUCAGGAGGGCUUAACAAACAUUACAAGCUGUGCUGUCUUCUUUUACACCCACCCUCAACAACAGAACACAUUUCUGUUCCCUCGCCCUGUUUAUGUUUGAUUUUCCAUUUUAAAGUAGUUUAGUGUGCUCACACCUGCAUACUAAGAUGAGAAAAAGCUGCAACAUCAGUCACAUAUUAUGAAAAGUAAUUCUCCGGGCAGCAGUGUGUAAUUAGUCCACAAGGUUCAAACUGCAGAUUCUGAUUCAUUGCAUAAAACAGAUAAGUGGUUUUAUUAAACAUUAUAUAUUCAGAUUCUGAUUGAUUUUGUGACCUAUUUUGACAUCUAAAUGGACAACAUGCACCCAAUUUCAAUGUGAAAGCCAAAAGCAUGUAAUUUAACCAGUACUGCAUUACUUUAUAGAAAUGAAAGAGCAGCUAUGCCAAUAAUGCCAUAAAAAGUAUAAUUUUAUAUACAAGCUUACUCAACUGAAAUGGGUUUUUUUUUUUAUUUGUUCAGCAUGGUUGAUUUGAUGCAUUUUUCUCCUCACCAUAGCCACUGACCAUUCAUGAAAACAGUAUUUUUCUGACCCAAAAGAAAUACAACUGUUGCACUGGUGAACAGUUUUGUUUGAUGUCUUGUGCCAUGCAAAGUUUCUGUCACCACCACUCUGAUGUGGUGACCAGUAUUUGUGGUAAUGUCAUUUUAAAAUUAAAUUCAUCCUGUUCACCACUUGGUGGCAGCACUCUGCCACAUAUGAGCAGUGAUUGAACAGAGCAGAAACGGGCACUUAGACCAGCUUUGUGUCUUCCGCAGACUGCUGAGAUUUUUAUGCAAAUUUUUACACAGUCAAAGUUUUUCUUCUGAUGAGGUUUACAGAGUUUGGGUCCUCUACGGCUGUCAGUAAUAACUAAUAUAUCAGAUCAGAUCCAGAUCAGGUUUACAAGCUUUAAUAAUAUUAGCCUAAUGGUACGCACUCAGUGUUGGUGUAAUUAUUCCAAAUCAGUUUAUUAAUUAAGUUGUAAACAUGUUUACCAACUUCCCUUCAGGAUCUCAACAUUUAUACUGCUCUGCCACGUACUGUCUGCAGUAGAGGACAAAUAUGCCAAAACUACAAGGAAUUCAAAUUCAAUAAUCUAUCAAUCUUUUUGUUUUGAAUCAUAAUUUUAUAAAAACCAUGAACGUGCACUUUUGAUAUGAAAUGUGAUGUCUGCAACAAACUGAUAAUAGUAGUCUGUGAUUGUAGUGCAGUCAAAGGUUUCAAGCAGUGUUUGAAACAGUGUUUAUGUGUGCAUGCUUGUGUCCAUAUUGCCUGUUUGCUUACAGCCAAUCAGUUCACACAUCACUGCAACUUUACAUCAACUUACCAACUAUUUCUGAAUGUGUGACGUGUACAUUAAAUUGCUAUAUCAUGAGGUAAAGCACGGCUGUCCUAACUCCUGUUACUAAAUCGACGGCCCACUAUCCACAUAUCACUCAUCCCUUUGAACUUCAACAGUGUACAUUUACUUAAUAACUACUUUUCUCAAAGUUGCUGUGACACAUUGAGAUAUAAUUUUCAGUGGUAUUAUUGAGUUAUUUAUACAUUAAUGUCUUAUUAUUGUAAUUUAUUCUUUAUUUAAUAAAAGCACAUUCCCAUGUUU